AUGUCUGGGAAGAGUUUUCGAGUCAGCGACGGAGACUGGAUUUGUCCUGAUAAAAAGUAAGGGCUCCACUUGACGAAUUAAGAUCACAGUUUUUGUAAAAGUCGUGCAAAUUUGCAGGAGACGAUAGCCGAAAGCGCUAGCUGUGCUAAGAGACGGACGCUAGUUAGCUUAGGCCAAGGACCUGUGUUACGCUAAUGCUGACAAGCUAAGUAGCUCACGUCAACCUUAUUUCUAGUUUUUACUCAUCAUUAAAGAAGAUAUAUGCAUCACAUUAAGUAUGAGUAAUGAUAAGUGCGUUUGAGGUUAUAACUCUAACUUGUUAGUGAGCGGACUUUAAGGAUAGCUGGCUAGGUGUAGUUAGCAUCUGUGGGUUGGGGUGAAAGUCCAUCCACACACGCUAUUAUGGGGGGUGUUUAUAAUGUUGCAGAAGCCAAGUUCUCCUCAGAGUCUAACUUGGGUCGUCUGCUAUAUCAUAUUGCGACUGACCUGCUCAAAACAGUGGGACGUGACAGACAUGCCAGCUGCAGUCGUCAGUGGAAAGGCCUUUAACACAGGAGUAUCAGCACACAUGUGAAAAACUUACUGCGUUGUCUUAUUUUUAGCAUUUUUAACCUUAAGUUUAUGACUUAGUGAGAGUGCAUUGCAUCAUUAUUAUUAGGUUUUAAUAAUAUAGUUGUUUGUUUGUGUCUUUUCAGGUGUGGAAAUGUUAACUUUGCAAGAAGAACUAGUUGUAACAGAUGUGGUCGUGGUGAGUCUCUGUCAUUGUAAAAUAUUUUAUAAAAGUGUGCAUAAAGAAAACAGAAGCUGCAAUGUUGAUUUUUUUUUUUUUCUUUUUUUCUUUUUGUCUUCACAGAGAAAACCACAGAGGCGAAAAUGAUGAAAGCAGGAGGGACAGAAAUUGGGAAAACUCUAGCUGAGAAAAGUAGAGGCCUCUUCAGUGCAAACGAUUGGCAGUGCAAAACGUAAGAGUUCAUUACAAUGUUAUCUGAGAUGUGGGGGGAAAAAAUGUCUCUGAAUCUGUAUAAUACUAAUUUUCUGUCCUGUUGUGGUCCUAAAGAUGUGGUAAUGUGAACUGGGCAAGGAGGUCAGAGUGCAACAUGUGUAACACGCCAAAAUACGCCAAGCUUGAAGAGAGAACAGGUAUUUUUUAUGAAUACAUACAAUUGAACUGAUUUUUUGUAGCCUGUGGAAUACCUGUUGUUGAUGUUUUUUUCUAUCUUGCCUUUCAGGUUAUGGUGGGGGUUUCAAUGAAAGGGAAAAUGUAGAAUACAUUGAACGGGAGGAAUCUGAUGGUGAAUAUGAUGAGGUGAGUCCAUCUGUAAAGGGACAUUUUGAAUAGUUGUAGAUGAAAGAAGGUACUGCAGGCAGUAGUGCUAUACUGGGUCAGAAAUGGUGAAAAAGUAAGGAGCACACUAAGAAUUUCAGGGGCACAAUGAAAAUUGAUCAAAUUACAUGUGUCUUAUUGGUUGAAAUAAGUACUAUUAUUUGAAAUCAAUUUUAGGUCUUUUGGUCACAUGACAUGGAAGCUAUUGACAUGAAAAAUCAUUUGUUGCCUCAGCUGAUUUUUUUAUGCCCACAUGUGCCCCUAACUACAUUUUACAAUUCGCACACAUCUAUUUUUAGUCGCAAAUGCAAGUGAAACGGUUGCACUGUCGAGCCCUGGUCUAGGGGUUAUGUGCAAAUCAAGUUCAUGGUAAAAAUUUGCAGUUGAAACUGAAACUUGAGGCAGUGUUUUGCAGUACAAACAGUUUUUGUUGAAGGUGUAGGUUUCAACACCAUUGCAUUCAUCUAAGUCCAUCAGAAGUUAUAGACACUAGACAAGAGGCAUUUCCAAAACACCUUUCUCAACACUUUUUGUAGGGACUUUAUAUGCAUAUAACUGGGACAUAUUUUCAGUAAUUUGACCAUUUUUGAUAGUUGAAGCAUCGAAUAGACAGACUGAAAAUUAUAUGUAAAUAUUUUGCAGGUGAAAACACAUUGUCCUAAAACUGUAAGACAAAAUUUGCAUUUUUGAAGCUGUCUUUUCCUGAUGAGCAAUGUGCCCUCUUGUCAUUUUGAAGUUUGGAAGGAAAAAGAAAAAGUAUCGUGGAAAGACAAACAGCACAUCUUCCUCUAAAGAGGUCGAGAAGAAAGAAGUAGCAAAAGCUGAAGCUGUAGAUGAUGAUGAGGAAGAAGAUGAGGAAGAUGAAGAUGGUGACCUCUCAAAGUACAAACUGGAUGUAAGUUUGCUGACCGGAGCUUGAAAAUAAUACACAAAUAUCACAAUACAAGCCAUCACUAAUGAUAUUCUCUUCAGGAUGAUGACGAGGAUGAAGACGAAGAUGGAGACCUGUCAAAGUAUGACCUUAAUGCCAGUGAGGAUGAGGAUGGUCCAGCUAAGAAAAAGGACAGCCGCUCGGGUUCGUCCCGUUCCCGCUCGUCUUCGCGUUCCUCCAGUUCCAGUUCUCGGUCGAGGUCCAGGUAAAAGGGUACAGGUCAAGGGUAACUCCGGGCAAAAUGUCUGUAUCAGCUCAAUCUUCUUCUGAUUCACUGAUCAAAGUCAAUAACAUGCUCUGCUGAUUUGUUGUUUUGUCUCCUCUCAAUCCCUUCCCCGCUAUCAUGUCGUAAACUUCAUGUACAGACAGGUUCAUGUACUUCGCUAGUAUUUUUUUUUGUGUGUGUUUUUCUUUGACAAGUGUAAAUUCCACAUCGUAGUUUUUAAAAUGCAUUCCAGCUCCCUGCUCUUUUCAUCUACUAGUUAACUUGCUAAGUUCUUUUGGGGGCUCCUGUAAACAGGGGUUAGUAGUUCUACUUUAUAUGUGUAUGUAUAAAUAUAUAUAUACAUAUGCAUAUAUAUGCUCAUCAGUAAAAAAAAAUAUUUUAUUGAAGUACUUAAAAAGGUUUAAACACUUACAAAUGUCAUGACUGCGUUGCAGCGUGAACCAACUAGUAAAUGUUGCUGUUCGAAAAUAUUGGAGAGACUCUGUUUUUGUCUUUCAGGUCCCGCUCUAGAAGCUCAUCCAGCUCCAGAUCUGGAUCUCGCUCAAGGUCCCAUUCCAGGUGAAUGAGGUGACAUGCACUCUCUCCCUAAGAGAGUGUAUGUAUUGAGCGGAAAGCUCCAGAAUAGUUCCUAUUCCUAAAUUCAAGAUCGAAAAAGUUUAGGUAGCUCUCACGCCGCUAUCGUCCUGUUCACUUAAUAAGUAGAAGGUUGUGUUUGCAUGAAAUUUCAAGGCAUAUUCUUAAAGGACUUGGGUGGUGUUCGAUUACUGGUUCUUUAAAUUAGACUUGGAAAUGAGAGAUGUACAUCUUGACUACCUGAAUGUAGUUCAAAGAUCACUGAGGUGUGAAGUCUCUAGAUAUUUGGGGUCUUUAUCAAGUAUCUCUUUAGUAAUAUUGUCUCAGUAACUUAGAUUAUCUCUAAGAUGAUCAAAACCUUCCCAAGUAGAUAUUGUGAAGUCUUGAAGCACACAUUCAUAAUCCAUAAUCCAGUCUUCCAAAUCAGAGAAGCUUGAUAAAUACCCACACACUCAAGACCUGGACUUGACCUUACUGACCUCAGUGCUUGGUUUAUUCCCUCAAAAGAUCCAGCUCCAGGUCUGGCAAGGGCUCCUCUCCGCGGAAGAGGUCCCGCUCACCUUCCUCCUCACCUGAGAGGAGACAGAAGCGCAGUCGCUCCAGGUCCUCAUCUGGAGGGAGAAAGAGGAGGCGUUCUAGAUCCCGUUCGUCCGAAAGGUUUGGGUUUCUGUGGAAUACCACAAGGCACUGAUUAUUGUUAGCCAUCUGUCGCCUGGAUUAUGGGAACUAAAUUAUGACUUGUAACUUAUUUGCGAAGUAAACCUUGUGACUGUCUACUUGUUUAAAGUCAGCGUCUGAAUUUCAAAAGCUUCACCCGCUGACCUUGAUCCUCUUCCCUUGGUGUUUUUGUUUUUUUAAUUUCAGGCGCGGCGGACAGUCCUCUGGAUCCUCCCAUUCUGGUUCCAGUUCAAAAAAGAAAUAA